AUGCCAGCGUGCACACAUCCCGCCUCAGCGCAGUACGCUGAUCGGACGAGUGGCACCAUCACAUGCACGCUCUGCGGCGACAUUGUGCAAGACCAGCAGUUUGAGCUCGAUCCGGUGUUUGCCCGCGGGGAGAAAGCGAACAGCCGAAGCCUGCGUACACUCGGUCAUCUGCGGCCCACACGGGGUGCCAUUGGGGCGAGGCUGCCGUCGGCACGUCCCUCUGUUGAGGCAGCGCGGCGCGGCAUGGUGUCGAUUGCGCGACAGCUGGACAUCAGCGACGAUAUGAUUGAGAUGGCGGUGGCGGUGUACAAGUUGGCGGUGGGACUCAACGCGGUGUCAGGCGCACGGCCCUCCAUCUUGUGUGCUGCCCUCUACGCAGUCUGCCGACGCGAAAGGACCUCUCACAUGAUCUAUGACUUUGCAGAGGUGACGGGGGAGAGCCCGUACGAGAUCCUGUCGUACAUGCGGCAAAUUUGUGAGGCGACGCACACAGAGGUGCCGGUGAUCGACCCGUCAUGCAUGGUGCACCGCUUCGCAGAGCAAAUGGACUUGGGCCCGUUGACAGGGCCGGUGGUGGUGUGUGCGCUGAAGGUGCUGCGCGCCAUGCGGGACGACUGGAUUGCCUGCGGCCGGCGUCCUAUGGGUGUAUGCGUCGCCGCCCUCCUUGUGGCGUGUUACAUGUUCAAUAUACCGCGAUCCCCGGACGAGGUGUGCGGCUUCGUCCGUCUCACGGCUGGAACCAUCGCAAAGCGCCUCGACGAGUUCGCCGCAACGCAGACUGCUGUUCUACAGAACAUAGAUGAGUACACGCGGAGCGAGAGCUCCCUCCCUCCAUCGUUCAAUCAGUCGUGUUUGCGCCCAACGGAUGAAGACUUGAGCGCGGAUGUGCGUGCACUCUCAGCGACGUACUACGAGCUCGUGGCAGAGGCGAAAGUCUCCGCUCCCGCGACGCCAGAGCGCUGCGAAAAGUGGCGUCGUUUCCUUGAGCGCCACUGUGCGAUGGAGAAAACCACGCUGACAGAGGAGAACCUUGACCUGGCGCGGCUUUCUCCCCAGCAGCAGCUUCACAUUCUCGGACUCCCCAACACAAAGCCCAUUGACCCGGAAACAGUACGAGAGAGCGUGCGUCGUGAAGAGGUGAAGAUCCUCGUGAAGCUGGAGCGCGGCGAAUCGGAGACUGCGUCGCAGCACACGGGUGGUCCUGCCCAACUUGGUCUGCCGACGCAGCUGGAGAUGCCAAUGCAGGAGAUGACGGCGUACUAUCAAAAGCUUAUGACGCAGGAUCCCAACAUCUUAGGUAUCCGCAAUGAGUUCGACCUCGCUGAUGUCAACGAGGACCCACCACCGCGGCCGCCAGAGUCUGCACCUCCAUGCGUGGAUGAGAUGCAGGCAUCGCUCACCGAGGCGCUUUACGACAGUGAGAGGCGCCUCGCUCUGCCGUGGGAAUUCAUUGUGCUGCAGGACCCCUCUCUGGAGGACGGCACGGACCUUGACCCAUACUUGGUUCUCGACAACGAGGAGCGGCUGCGUCGCCAGAAGGUGGGUGAGGCGCUCUACCAGGAGGACUGGGGCCUGGGCAAGGCACGCACCAAGGAAGAAAUUGAAAGGCUUGAGGGGUCACGCGCAACACGUAAGCGGCGGCGUGAGCCCAUCAAGGAGCAUGCCACUGUACAGGAUGCAUUGACACGGGCGCUGAAGGGUCGUGGUGCCGGCACUGUGAACGUUUCGCAGAUUGAUGAACUGGUGCCGGGUCUGACGAGCCAGAUGGAUGGUGGAAUGGAAGAGGAAUGGCUGAACGAAUAA